AUGGUGCUGACAAAGCUUCUCUCUGUCCCCCCGAGAUAUGGCCUCACCCCUGUCGCGGCCAUAACCGUCUUGGUCCUUGCGGUGUCUGUUUAUUUCUGCGCCCCUCGUCGCAACAAGAAAUCCGCCCUGCCAGUUUCCGUCAAUUACCACUUUAGCAGACAAUGCAACAAAUCCUGUGGCUUCUGUUUCCAUACUGCCACGACGUCAUUCAAGCUAGAUGAUGAAAGGGCAAAGGUCGGGCUCACUCGACUGAAAGUGGCUGGUAUGAGGAAGAUCAACUUUGCAGGCGGCGAACCCUUCCUUUACCCAAAAUUCUUAGGCACCCUGGUCGAAUUCUGCAAAGAGCAAUUACGACUUGAAUCGGUGUCCAUUGUGACCAAUGGAAGCCUGGUGAAAAAAGAUUUCUUCCAAAAGUAUGGGAAACACCUCGAUAUUCUCGCCGUAUCCUGCGAUUCGUUCAAAGAGCAAACGAAUAUCGAAAUCGGUAGGGGGAGCGGCGACCAAGUCAGGAAGCUCUUCGAAAUACGAGACUGGUGUCUGGAAUUUGGGGUCAAAUUCAAGUUGAACACGGUGGUCUGCAACCUGAACUAUCGCGAGGAUAUGAACGCGACGAUCGCAGAACUGCGUCCUUUUCGAUGGAAAUGCUUCCAGGUCCUGAUGGUGGCGGGAGAGAAUGAUUCCGAAAAGACCCUUCGAGACGUGCGCAAAUUUCAGAUCAGCGAUGAACAGUAUGCCGAGUUUUGCCGCCGACACAAGGACCAGCCGUCAUUCGUUGCAGAACCGAACAAUCUGAUGGCCAAGUCCUAUCUCAUCCUGGAUGAGUAUAUGCGGUUUGGACCGGGAUGGGCGAGACCCAUCGGGCUCGAUUCUCGAUAUUGA